AUGUUGUGUUGUCAUGUUGUGUUGGCGUGUUGUGUUGGUGUGUUGUGUUUCCGUGUUGUGUUGGUGUUUUGUGUUUCCGCGUUGUGUUGGUGUGUUGUGUUUCCGUGUUGUGUUGAUCAGCUGAAGCGGCGGCUGAAGGAGUACGGCCUGGUCACUCCCUUCAGCACCGACGCUCACGGCCACUUCCUGUCGCACCUGCUGUCCGCUUCGCACAAACACCGCUUCAAACGAGACGCCGACGAACCCCACAACAACAUCUUCUUCAACAUCACCGCCUUCGGGAAAGAGUUCCACCUGCGUCUGCGGCCGAACCCUGGCCUGGUGGCUCCGGGCGCGGUGGUGGAAUGGCACGAUGGGGGCGAUGAGGAUUUAGGAAACGUGACAAGGCGUUUGGACUCCAAUCAAAGCGAACUGCGGCGGGAACUACUGAAGACGGACUGCGCUUUCAUCGGCGACAUCACAGACGUUCCCGGGGCAUCUGUGGCGAUUAACAACUGCGACGGACUGGUGAGUUUUUACGUCUGCUUUCCUUUAACUUAA